GGGUAUACUCCACACGUGUGGUAUCGGCCACUUUAUUAAUCUACAAAUCUCCUGCCCUCAUUCUCAGCAAACCUUGGUGUAGUCGCAUCUGUCUACCUACUUUCGGAACUUCUAGAUCUCCAACAUGGACUGGAAAACUCUGGCAGCAGAGAAGAAGAGUCAGCUUGAGGCGUCCAUCCCUCCAGAAUGGCGCAUCAAGACUCUCCCCACUGACGACUCGGUUAUGUCAUUCCCCGGGAGGAGUGGAAUCCUAACGCUAGAAGAGCUCAACAUCACUGAAUCGCCAGCCACUGAACUAGUUCAGGAUCUAGCUUCUGGAAAGCUGUCCUCGGUUGCUGUCACCACUGCUUUCUGUAAGAGAGCUGCCUUGGCUCAGCAGUUGACGAACUGCUGCCAUGAGUUCUUUCCAGAGCUGGCACUGGCCAGAGCACAGUAUCUAGAUGACUACUUUACCGAACAUAAGAAACCUAUUGGGCCGUUGCAUGGGCUGCCUAUCUCAGUGAAGGACCAAGUUCGCAUCAAGGGACUUGAAACUACCAUGGGUUAUGUUUCAUGGAUUGGUAAGAAGGAUACCGAGGACUCUGUGCUCACCACCAUGCUCCUCGGCGCUGGCGCGGUUCUCUAUGUCAAAACCUCCGUCCCUCAGAGCUUGAUGGUGUGCGAGACCAUCAACAACGUAUUUGGCCGCACCACGAACCCACGAAGCAAGAACUGGUCGUGUGGGGGAAGUUCCGGUGGUGAGGGUGCUAUUGUCGCGUUCUGUGGCAGUGUAAUCGGUGUCGGCACCGACAUUGGCGGCUCUAUUCGCGUUCCAGCCGCCUUCAACUUCCUCUACGGUCUUCGACCUAGCCAUGGAAGACUUCCAUACGCCAAGAUGGCUAACAGCAUGGAAGGCCAAGAGACCAUCCAUAGCGUUUGCGGACCGAUCUGUCACUCUAUUGCUGAUAUGCGACUCUUUGUCACGUCGAUUCUCAGCCAAAAGCCAUGGACCUAUGAUUCCAAAGUCAUCCCAAUGCCAUGGAGAUAUGAUGAAGAGAAUGCUAUCAAGGAAAAGAUUUCCUCUCGUGGGUUGAAUCUGGGCUACUAUUCCUGUGAUGGAAAUGUUCUGCCUCAUCCCCCGGUCCUCCGGGCUGUCCGGAAGGUUGUUGACAAACUCAGCGAGGCUGGGCAUACAGUUAUCCCUUGGGAGCCUUACCGGCAUCCAUAUGCUGUUGAUCUGGCUAACCGCAUCUACGCCUCUGAUGGAGGGACUGAUAUCUUUUCGGUUCUCGAUACUUCUGGGGAGCCCGCAAUUCCUAACAUUGCGGAACUUGUCAAGCCGAACCUACCCAAGUUAAAUCUCAACGAGCUUUGGGAUAUCCAGCUUCAGAAGUGGGAUUACCAGUCGGAUUACCUAGCCAGGAUCCGAGAGGCCGAAGAGAAGCUUGGUAAGGAGCUUGAUGCUAUCAUUGCUCCUAUUACUCCUACAGCCGCUAUCCGACAUGACCAGUUCAAAUACUAUGGAUAUGCUACUGCUAUAAAUGUACUCGAUUUUACUAGCCUCGUAGUGCCCGUUACCUUUGUUGACAAAAAGAUCGAUGAGCCGAAUCAUCAGUUUAAGCCACUUACCGAAAUGGAUCGGACGGUGCAGGCAGAAUAUGAUCCAAGUGCAUAUCACGGUGCACCGGUGGCGGUUCAGAUUAUCGGGCGACGACUUACUGAGGAGAGGGUCAUGAGCAUCGCCGAAGAAGUGGGGCGUCUACUUGGAAACGAGGUUGAACUAUAAGGUUAAGAAUGGAUGCCAAAAUCUAUAGGUCCGAGAUACAGAGUUUGGCGAUGCAACUACCAGUUCUGAGAGAUGGGUUAUUUUAGAUCUUUGAGGGUCGCCAUCAACGCGCUCAGCGGCUUAGGCACAGUUUUCCAUCAGAAGGAGCCAAUCCAAUCGAUGAUACUCGCGGAAGGUUCAUAUGAGAUCGGAUGAUCCUACACUGUGCGUGCACCAGUUUCCAUCAUCAAUUUCAAUGUGUUUUUCAAGCUAUUUGAUUGACCUAGGAUGGAGCAAAAAAGCUAAGUUAAUAAGAG